AUGAAGACCUUAAUCUUCCUUGCUUUCCUGGGAGCAGCCGUUGCUCUCCCCACUGAUGAUGAUGAUGACAAGAUUGUUGGAGGCUACACCUGUCAGAAGAAUUCUCUCCCCUAUCAGGUGUCCCUGAACAGUGGCUACCACUUCUGUGGUGGCUCCCUCAUCAACUCUCAGUGGGUUGUCUCAGCAGCUCACUGCUACAAAUCCCGGAUCCAGGUGCGUCUGGGAGAACACAACAUCGAUGUGUAUGAGGGUGGGGAGCAGUUCAUCGAUGCAGCCAAGAUCAUCCGCCACCCCAAGUACAACAAAGACACCUAUGACAACGACAUCAUGCUGAUCAAGCUGAACACACCUGCCGCCCUCAACUCUCGAGUGUCCACUGUCUCUCUGCCCAGAUCCUGUCCAUCUUCUGGCACUAGCUGCCUUGUGUCUGGAUGGGGCAACACCCUGAGCAGUGGCACUAAGUACCCUUCACUUCUUCAGUGCCUGAAAGCCCCUGUCCUCUCAGACAGUUCUUGCAAAAGUUCCUACCCUGGCAAGAUCACUAGCAACAUGUUCUGCAUGGGCUUCCUGGAGGGUGGAAAGGACUCUUGCCAGGGUGACUCUGGUGGCCCUGUGGUCUGCAAUGGACAACUCCAGGGUGUUGUCUCCUGGGGCUAUGGCUGUGCUUUGAAAGGAAAACCUGGUGUCUACACAAAGGUGUGCAACUACGUGAACUGGAUCCAGCAGACUAUUGCUUCCAACUAA